AGGGCUAAGCUAUUGUGUGUUGUCUCUUCGUGUACAGGAGCCAGAGUAAAUGCCAAAGACAACAAGUGGCUCACUCCUCUGCACCGGGCCUUGGCUUCCUGCAGUGAGGAGGCUGUCCAGGUGUUAUUGAAACACUCUACUGACGUGAACGCCAGGGACAAGAACUGGCAAACGCCGCUCCACAUCGCUGCGGCCAAUAAGGCAGUCCGCUGUGCCGAGGCCCUGGUCCCUCUCCUCAGCAACGUGAACGUGUCAGACCGGGCCGGGCGCACGGCGCUGCACCAUGCAGCCUUCAGUGGACACCAGGAGAUGGUGAGGCUGCUUCUCUCCAGAGGAGCCAACAUUAAUGCCUUUGACAAGAAGGAUCGCCGAGCAAUCCACUGGGCUGCUUACAUGGGGCACAUUGAGGUGGUGAAACUGCUGGCCUCUCAUGGAUCAGAGGUGUCCUGUAAAAACAAGAAGGCCUACACCCCUCUCCACUCUGCACACCCCCCUCACGUGGCAUGCUACAACGGGCAGGAUGUGGUGGUGAAUGAGCUGAUCGAGUGUGGCGCCAACGUGAACCAGGUGUACGAGAAGGGUUUCGCCCCACUCCACUUCACGGCCGCCUCGCGCCAUGGGGCGCUCUGCCUGGAGCUGCUGGUGGGCAACGGGGCCCUCGUCAACAUCAAGAGUAAAGAUGGAAAGACCCCCCUCCACAUGACGGCCAUCCACGGACGCUUCUCCAGAUCUCAAGCCAUCAUCCAGAAUGGUGCUGAGAUCGACUGUGAAGAAAAGAAUGGAAACACACCUCUGCACAUCUCUGCUCGCUACGGCCAUGAGUUACUCAUCAAUACACUCAUCACGAACGGAGCUGACACAGCCAAGCGAGGCGUCCAUGGGAUGUUCCGCCUCCACCUGUCUGCUCUCAGUGGGUUCUCUGACUGCUGUCGGAAGCUCCUCUCAUCAGGCUUUGAUAUAGACACCCCUGACGACUUUGGAAGGACCUGUUUACAUGCUGCAGCAGCUGUUGGGAACCUGGACUGUCUGAAUCUGCUGCUCAACACAGGGGCAGACUUCAACAGAAAGGACAGCUUCGGAAGGAGUCCUCUGCAUUAUGCGGCAGCCAAUUGUAACUACCAGUGUCUGUUUGCCUUGGUGGGGUCUGGGGCCAGUGUGAACGAUCUGGAUAAAAGGGGUUGCACCCCGCUCCACUACGCUGCUGCCUCCGACACAGACGGAAAGUGUCUGGAAUAUUUGCUGCGAAACGACGCUAACCCAGGGAUCAGGGACAAUCAGGGCUACAACGCAGUCCAUUACGCGUCUGCGUACGGACACCGCCUCUGUCUGGAGCUGAUUGCAAGUGAAACACCUUUAGAUGUGCUAAUGGAAACCUCAGGGACAGACAUCCUGAACGACUCUGAUGUCAGAGCUCCCAUCAGCCCCCUACACUUAGCUGUGAGUAAAGCCUACCUGCUCCUGUAGGGGUCUCGCCACAUGACAAAUGGC